AUGCAAAUAAACCUCACUCAGCCCCGACACUUCUGCAAAACCUGCCGCCGCUACUGGACACGUGGCGGCGCCCUACGCAACGUCCCCGUCGGCGGCGGCUGCCGCCGCAACAAACGCUCCUCCAAAUCCAAAUCCCCCGCCGCCGCCGCCACGUCAUCAUCUUCCCCUUCCAACCCGACCCGCCACCAAAUCCUAACCACGAACACCACCACAGACAACAACAUCGAUCAUCACAUCACGGGCUCGACCGCACUCCCCGAAAUGGGCCCAAUCAGCGGGCUUGGCCUUGGUCCAAUCCGGUUCAUGCCAGAGAAUUUCGGAGUGGGCAUGGGAGCUACUACCUACCCGGGCCCACCCGAUAUGGGCUUCCAAGCGUCGGUGGGCCUGCUGGACCUGGGCGGCCCAAACAAUUUCCCGUUGUUUGGGGGAUUGGAGGCGUAUCAGUUCCAAGAGCCGAAUUUUAUGGGCUCGUCGGGCUCGGGCCAACAUCAGGGCCCGAGGGCUAGAUUUCUGGGCCCGAUGAUGAGCCAGCUGGCGGUGAAAAUGGAGGAGAGCCAGCCAGAGAUCAGGCAGCUGAUGGGAGGAUUAAACCAGCCGUGGGGUGGUGAUAAUAAUAGUAAUAAUAACACGGGAGGAGCGGCCACGUGGACCGAGCUAUCGGGAUUCACCACAUCCUCGACGAGCAACCCUUUGUAG